UCCACACAACAACACCUGUCCAGACCACCAUCGUCACAUCUUCAAAAAAGUAAACCCGGAAAACCAGCGAAACAACACUCGGUCAUUGCUGGAGCUGAUACACCGAAGCAAAAAGAAGACAACGAUACAGUUAUGUUGCAGGUGCAUAAGCGACCACAGAAAGUAUGCAACAAGGUCAUUCUUUUAGUAGGCUCGGCCAAAAUCCUGGAUUCGAGUGGCAUUGUCCGGGAGGCAACAGUCUUAUUAGACACAGGUUCAGAACUUUCGUUUAUCAAAGAAGACUUUGCUAAGGAACUAGGGUUACCAAUACUCAAAAGUAUUACACUCAAAAUCAGCACGUUCGGUUCACAGGCACCUUCAGCGAAGAAUUGCGAUCUCAGCAAGCUGCAAGUUCGCGAUAUCGAAGGCCAUCAACACGAAAUUCGUCUCUUCCGCAGCGAUCACAUAACGGAUACAGUAGAGCAGGCAACCCUUGACCAAGAAGAUUUGAACUUCAUCAAUCAGCACGGGAUCCUGUUAUUAUUAAAGAAGAAACCAGCAAAACUUAGACCAGAGAUCUUAUUAGGAUGUGACUAUCUAUGGGAGUUUAUGAUGCCCAUAGGCAAACUCACUUCACCUUCCGGCCUUCAACUGAUACCAACACUAUUUGGCUACAUCAUCAGUGGCCGGCAACCAGAGGAAGUAGAAACACCGGUCAAGGCGCUCACUAUUUUACACUCGGAGAAGGAAAAAGACAUAUGGGACCGCUACUGGGCUCUAGAAUCUUCAGGAACGGAUGAAUAUUCAGAUACAGAGAAUGCGACUACAACCCUAAUAGCGUUACGGAAAAGCGACCGAAUUGAUGCUGUACUCGAAACGAUUCCAGCACUUCGCACAGCCUCCUUGAAGCACGAACUCACCGAACCAUAA